AUGAGCGCCUCUUUUAAAUCAACCGCGACUUGUGCUAAGACUGAGGAUGACUUACCCGUCGCCACUAGUAUCAGAGAGCCUUCCAUUGUCUAUACGCUUGCUGCAAUUGCCCUCGCUGCUGUCAUCCUUACCGUAUUUGAUGAUGGACGCAAAGCUCUUCAGCGUACUGUCUGGUUUCUUGACAGCAUACUCGGCGGAGCCCCUCAUACUAUUACGCUUCCUGGCCCUCCUGGCCUCCCUCUCGUCGGGAGCCUUACCCACUUGGAAAGCGGCCACAUCCAAAAGCUCGCCCAGUGGACCAAAAAGUAUGGUGAUGUGAUCCGUGUCUCCCUUGGUGAACGUGAGGCGGUGUUCAUAAAUAGCCACAAGGCUCUCGCGCAAACGGUCGUCCAGCAGGGUCCAGCUUAUCAGUCGCGUCCCACCUUCAAGCUCUAUCACAGUGAUUAUGCGUCCUCUGGUAUCUGGACUAUCGGCACAUCCCCCUUCAGCGAUAGCCUCGUCCGCACUCGCAAAGCAUUUUCUGUCCAGACUGCGCCUCGUAUCCUUCCCAUCUACAAUACCGUCAUUCACCCGAAGCUCAAGCAGCUUCUCGGUGACUUACUCGAUAUUAGCCAGGGUCCCGCAGUCGACGUUGCCGAUAGGCUUCAUCGUUUUGGCACCGGCCAGGUCUCCGAGCAGCUCAUGGGUCAAACCCUUGAUGACGACGCGGUGGGAAUGCUCGCCGAGAACGAGACCAACAUCUUCCGUCAGCGCACCAUCGGCUCACCCUUUCGCGACUACAUCCCUGUCUUGCGCGCCGCCGGCCGGGCUCGCUACAUUGCCAGCAAACUUUUGCGUAUUAAGAAGUGGGCUGUCGACGAGAAGGCGCAAAAUGCCCUCGAGUAUCGCAGGAAGCAGCAAGUCUACAUUGACAAGAUGCUUGGCGACCUGAAGGACCGCUUAGCAUCUGGCGACGAGACUCCCUCCAUCCUGGGAAAUAUUCUUCGUCAAGGUCUCCUGACCAAUGAAGAGGUCCUCUUGGCUUCUUACACCGGCAUCGCAGCUGGCAUCAAUCUCGGCUACUCGCUCACUUGGAUCGUGGGAUACCUCGCCAACAGACCUGACUUGCAGCAGAAUGGCUUUGAGGCUAUUCGUGAGGUGUACAACGGCGAACCACCUAGGCCCCACGAAUUCGACCGCGUCGGAUACGUCAAGGCUCUGCAUACCGAGGGUUCCCGUAUGUUCACGCCGGUUCGUCUCGGUUUCCCCCGCCAGACCCUCGAUGGCGCCAGUUAUAUGGGCCACAUCAUUCCCAAGGGCACGCUGGUCAUCAUGAAUCUGUUCGGUGCCAACCGCGAUCCCACCGCCUUCGAUCGACCAAACGAAUUCCUCCCAGAACGGUGGCUGGGCGGACGCAAAGGUCGCACCGAUCUGCUUGGUGAGGGUAGGGAUAAGCUCGGCACCCCGCACUUAACGUACGGCGCUGGCCGCCGUGCCUGUCCUGGGAUCGAUGUGGCCAACCGCGGCCUCUACUCAACUCUUGUGCUUCUCUUGCAUUUCUUCACCUGGGAGCGACAACCUCUUGGAGAGGAGGAGAAGAGGCUCGUCUUCCCUCCCUUCCGUGCUGAGCGUGAGUGCUCACUCGAAAUGGAUGCCCUUCAAGACACUGCGACGCCCACUGAGGCUCAAGCCAUUCCGUGGUCUGCUGGUAUCAAAUUUCACUGCCGCGAUCCUGAGGGCCUUCGUACCUGGCUCGUAUCUCCAGAACACUGAGCUUCCAUGGCUCUCAUCACUCCAAUGAAGUACUUGGAACCCUGGCCACAGUUCAACAAUCCAUGUACAGUGAAUCAUUGGGAACAAUACACAAAUAAUUAGACUGGGUGAUUAUUAGGUUAACAAUAGGUUUUUUGACGUUUUGAUGGUGGAUGUCGAUUGGAUACCUAUUAACCCUAAGGUUAUAGAGCACUAAUGCGCUACGUGCAUAUAUAUGUAUAGUUCUUGCGUUUCCGACCUAACCGUCUAAGCACCAUACACCUUUCAUACCCAGC